AUGAACCACGUUAGAUUAAUUCCAAGCAUUUUAACUAGAAAUACCUCCAAAUCCAUCCUUCAUCGUGCUCUUAUUAUUGGUGCCACCCGUCAACAAAAGUCAUGUUUAUCCACAGCUGCCACUGCUACUGAAUUUCAAGAGUAUCCUGGCAUUGAUCCUCAUGCAGACCACCAUGCCGUCGUCUCUACAUUUGACCUGUUCUCUAUCGGUGUAGGCCCCUCUUCCUCACACACUGUAGGCCCUAUGAGAGCAGCCAAGAUCUUUGUCAGCGAUCUCAAAGAACACAACAUCCUGGAAAGAGUGCAUACACUGAGAGUUGAUAUGUUUGGCUCUCUGGCACUAACUGGAAAAGGUCAUGGUACACCGGAAGCUAUCCUUAUGGGUAUCGAGGGAGAAACGCCUGACCAAGUGGAAACAUCAACAAUCAAAGCACGCGUGGAUGAUAUACACACGAACCACUCUAUUCACCUGGAUGGCACUCACAGAAUCCACUUCAAUCCCGAUAAGCACUUGAUCUUCAACUAUUUCAAAACAUUGCCACAGCAUCCCAAUGGCCUUCGAUUCUGCGCAUAUGACUCAGAUGCCAACAUGAUUGCAACAAAUGAGUACUUUAGCAUUGGCGGUGGGUUUGUGGUGAAUGAAGCUACUCAAAUGGAUCAUGGUGAAAACGUUUAUUACAAACGUGAGCGCAUGGCUGCUCGCAACAGUACCAGACGGGAGAUGGCUGAACAGCGUAGUCAACAGGACGUUGCUGUGGUUUCAUUGCCCUUCAAGAAUGCUGAAGAGUUGAUUCAAGUGUGCAAGCGUGAAAACAUGACCAUCGCUCAAGUUGUUUUUGAGAAUGAACUCAAGUGGUCUACUGCUGAAGAGAUUCGUGAAAAGUUAUUGAGAAUUUGGAAUACCAUGGAUGAUAGCAUCAAGAAUGGUGUCAUGGCAAACGGUGAAGAACGUCUCCCUGGUGGCCUUAAUGUGCGUCGAAGAGCUCCUGGUCUAUACAACAAGCUCUUGAAAGGUCUUUACGGCCCAGUUACUCAAAAUACAUACAUUGACUCGAGAAUUCCACUGCCUAAACAAGCUCCAUCUUUCAGCGAUGCCAACAAUGAGCUUAUCAGCACCGAAGCCAACAAAGACCAGCUGUAUGCAGCAGAUGACAAAUCGCCAUUGUCAUUGUCAGUCCUACCCAAACGUCCUCGCAAGCGGUUCUUUUUGCCAGCUCUGGAUUAUCUAUCUGUGUAUGCUAUUGCUGUGAACGAAGAAAACGCAUGUGGUGGUCGUGUAGUUACUGCACCUACAAAUGGCGCUGCUGGUACAAUCCCAUCUGUAUUAAAGUACUACUUGGAAUUUAUCUCUGAGAAUCCCGAAAAUGAUGUGAUGGAGUUUCUGUUGACGACUGCUGCUGUGGGUAUGCUGUUCAAGCGUGGUGCUAGUAUUUCUGCUGCUGAAGUGGGUUGUCAAGGUGAAGUGGGCGUAGCGUGCUCCAUGGCUGCUGCUGGUUUUACAGCAGUGAUGGGUGGUUCUAUAGAGCAAGUGGAGAAUGCUGCUGAAAUUGGCAUGGAACACAACUUGGGCUUGACGUGUGAUCCCAUUGCUGGUUUGGUGCAAGUGCCAUGUAUCGAGAGAAACGCAUUAGCUGCUGUCAAGGCUAUUGCUGCUGCUCAACUGGCUUUGAACGGCGAAGGUGAUCAUCGUGUGUCUCUUGAUCAGGUCAUUGAGACCAUGAGACAAACUGGCUUGGAUAUGAUGUCUAAAUACAAGGAGACAAGUCAAGGUGGUCUUGCAGUCAAUGUGCCCAUGUGUUAA